UGUUCUCGUUCGUAACGUGGCGACGUCGGCUAAUUUAUCGAUACUUCAUAAUGACUACUAUGUUGCAUUUGAUUCUAGUCGCAAACGUGAUUAAUAAAGCUCUGAUGAAUUCUAUAUCGAGUAAAAUAGACGUGACUCUUUUAGAGGUCGGCGAGAACGACAAAAUGGCCGAUAUAAGUCAACAACAGCAGGAGGAACCACCGCAAACGAAUGGCGUCCUUGAUGGACUCACGGAAGAGGAGAAAAGCAAAAUGAGGCCUGCGGAUAUUGACGCUGACAUGAGAGAAAUGGAAAGAAGAAAGAGAGUAGAAAUGAUGAUGAAUUCACGUUUAUUUAGAGAAGAACUCGAGCGUAUAAUAGAAACCCAAAUGAAAGAUGGCUCCGGCCCUUCCGGUUUAUUACAACAGAUUUCAGAAAUGAUGGGCCCUCAAGGAGCUCGAUUUAAUACCAAUGUGUUCAAAAAUUCAAAUUGCGUCGUCCCGAUAAAUGACAUACGUGGCCUCGACCGUAUGGGCUACUCGAAAGACGAGAAGCUGUUACGUUGCAAACUCGCUGCCGUAUUUCGACUUUUGGACUUGUACGGCUGGACACAAGGCGUUGGAGGCAUGAUAACUGCGCGUCUUAACCAAGAUCAGGAGCACUUUUUAGUUAAUCCGUAUGGCCUGCUUUAUCACGAGGUAACGGCCUCCAGCCUCGUCAAAGUUGACAUGCAGGGCGGUGUCGUCGAGCAGGGCACGACGAAUUUUGGUGUACACAUCGCCAACUAUCAAUUGCACACGACGAUCCACGCCGCGAGACCCGAUGUAAAGUGCAUCGUGCACAUUGCAACGCCUUCGGUUACAGCCAUAUCGUCGAUGAAAUGCGGCCUUCUGCCUCUCGGUCAAGAAAGCGUAGUAAUCGGUGAAGUGAGCAGUCAUCAUUACAUCGGUAGCAACAACUCAGACCCGGAGGAACGCGAGAAACUCGCAAGAAAUUUCGGACCCAUCAAUAAAGUCAUGCUGUUGAUGAAUCAAGGUGCGCUCUGCUGCGGCGAGACCGUCGAAGAAGCGUUCUUCAACGUUUAUAACACCGUGCUGGCCUGUGAAACGCAGUUGAAGCUCAUGCCCGUGGGCAUUGACAAUCUCAGCUUGUUGUCCGAUGAAGCGCAGAAAGCCAUUUACGAGGCAUCGCGGAAGCCCCCGGUCCCAUUGCCCAGUAGUGUCACCGAGCGCUCGCCGAUCGCCGAGAAGCUCCAGAAAAAACGUUGGCGUAUUGGUGGUACGGAAUUCGAGGCCCUAAUGCGCAUGCUCGACAAUGCUGGUUUCCGUACAGGAUACAUUUAUAGACAUCCAUUGGUUAAGAGUGAACCUCCUAGGCCACGAAAUGACGUAGAAGUACCUCCUGCUGUUUGUUCUCUUAAUUAUCUAUUAGAGGAUACAGAAUUCUUUAGACAAGGCUUAUGGAAGGGUGAACGUAAGGGAACAGAUAGAACACGUUGGCUAAACUCACCAAAUGUUUAUCAGAAAGUGGAAAUUUUGGAGACUGGUACACCAGACCCAAAGAAGAUUACUAAGUGGGUGUCCGAUGGCUCACCGACGCACAGCAGCACACCAGUCAAGAUUGAUGGCGCCCUGCAAUUUGUACCGAAAAAUACUAAUCCGAAAGAAUUCAAGCAACUACAACAACAAAUAAAAGAUUAUCGAAGAGCUGACAAAAUUUCUGCUGGUCCUCAGUCACAUAUUCUUGAGGGCGUUACGUGGGAGGAAGCAAAAAAGAUGCAGGAUGCAACUAUAAGUGGUACUGGUGAGCAAGUAGUACUGGUUGGUGCAGCUAGCAAAGGUAUUAUUCAACGAGGAUUUCAACACAACGCUAUGGUAUACAAGACUCCUUAUGCAAAGAAUCCCUUUGAUGCAGUCACAGAUCAAGAACUCGACCAAUAUAAAAAAGAAAUUGAACGUAAAACUAAAGGGGAUCCUUAUGACGAGUCGCAAUCUGAAUCUGAAGCGCUUUCAUCCUUUAAUAUUAGUCGCGUUACCCACGAAUCAAGUACAGCCAAAAGUCCAAUUCAAUCGCCAGUGUCCGUGACUUCAGAGACAGAAGAAGAGAGCAGAGAUGAGCCAAAAGUAUUACGAAUAGAAACCAAACAAGUGCCUGCACCGAGUCAACCAGAAGUUGUGCUUAGCGAUGGAGAAAACACCGUUAAUGGCGACCAUUCGGAUGCACACCAUAGCACCUUCUCACAUAGUAGCAAAGAGGGUUCCAUGUCGCAGGAUGUGAGCGUUAGCGAGGAGUCUCCCAAGAAGGAAAAGAAAAAAAAGAAAGGUCUACGAACACCGUCCUUCCUCAAAAAGAAAAAGGAGAAGAAGAAGAUAAUGGAGGCGUAGGUAGUUCAAGUUUAGCCACUGCCACAAAGAGAAUAAUAAGCUUAUUUCAAUUGAUGGAAGAACAAUCAGUAACAAGGCGAAAAGUGAAUUCAAGGAAAGUCUAGAGAAGAAAUCACAGAUUAGGAGAAUUAAAA